CUAGAGAUCGACGCAAUGGGACGAAGAAGGCGGAUAUCAGACAUGGAUUAUCUUCUACAAUCGGAUUUUCGACCCCCGGGCAAGGAUCGGGACGAUGACGGAAACGAUGCAUAUUACGCUUUUGAUGACGAUUAUCUGAGAGGGACCGAAGGGACGAUGAACGAGAAUGUGCGAGAAGGCUCGUUCUGUCGUAGGACGAGCCUCCAUAGACGCAACAUGCAAAAUUGCAACACUAUUUUCGAGACAGAAUUCCUCGAUAACAAAGUUAAAUAUUUGGAGUGAGUACCUCUGCGUGGAUAAAAGGGGCGAUCGUGAUAUGGAUUGGUUUGGUCACGAUCGAACACGUUAGAAACCGUGUCUCACAAGCUUCUCCUCUUGCUGCUCCUUGUUGAUAGUGCUGGUUCUUAUCGCCAAGUAUUUAGCCUUGAGCAUUCAUUUCUGCAACAGCAAGAAUCUCUUGUCAUCAAGGACAUGUAUUCAGGAAAUAAUUACCAAGCAAUAGACUUUGAGUUUAUACGAAUGGAUGCCAUGGUUGCAGAACGGCUGACUGCAAGUCCAAGAAUCUAUGACAUAUACGGUUUUUGUGGGCUCUCCAUCCUAUCGGAAUUCUUUCCACACGGCAACAUCGAGGAGGAGGCAGUAAUCACCGACGGCUAUAUCCUAGACAAGGAAGAACGAGAUGAACUAGAAGACGAAGAUCUAAAGAUUUGGAAUGAGAUUCCAAGUGAACGAAAACUGCUGCUCUCUUUGCAAAUGGCCGAGGGACUCGCAGACCUACACGGAGAUCCACUGGGUGCAAUAGUUCACCAAGAUGUGUAAGUAUCGUAUUGUGAUCGAUUGCGUGGUUGGGUAUUUCAAAACGAACGGGAUUUUGUGAAAACCAACCGAACUCACCAACUCCAACAAACUAUAACGAAACGCACUUUUGUAUCGUGCAGCCAAUUAUCGCAAUUUCUCUUUAACGAGGACAAAACAACAUUGAAGCUAAAUGAUUUCAAUAGAGCUGAGUUCAUGCUUUGGGACGACAAAAAUGGGGACUAUUGUAAAUAUGGCGAAGGUUAUGGGGCUGGAAACGUAAGUGCUCCAAUUUUGUGUCUUAUACUAGUGUCGAAUUGAGGCAAAUGUUGCAUCAUAUGGAAAGAAGAGUCCCGCAUCACAGCUCUGUCUCUUACUAGGUUCUUAUUCCUUACAAAAUUUGUUGUACGAAUCGGUCCACGUUUCCAGUGGCGGUCCCCCGAAGAAUACUUCGAACGCGAGCUGAACGAACAAGUCGAUGUGUAUUCGUUUGGCAACAACAUGUACUCCUUGUUGACUGGGUUGUGGGUCUUUUACGACGAGGACGACUAUAGCGAAGUUCAAAAACGCGUGAAGAAGGGCGAAAAACCCUACAUCGACCCAAGAUACACAGAAAAAAGCCUGGCGGAUGCAAAACUUGUGGAGAUCAUUGAUCGGUGUUUUGCAUUCCGCCCAGAAGACCGCCCCAGCAUUUUCGAAGUCGUUGAGUUUUUGAGGGACGCAAUACAGGAGGUCACGGAUAGUCGAUAGCUGGGUUAUGAACCCGCAAGGUUCCUCUUUACCUUCUUCCUCGAAUUAGACAGUUACGGCACGC